GAGGAACAAAAGCUGCCUCCGGGAGGCCCUCAGGCAGACAGACAAGCCCAGGGACCGGAGAGCCGCUGCUAGACCCGAGAAAGUCCUGGCAGCUGAAAGUCACCCAAUCCAUACCGUCUUCGUCCUGUUUCUAUAGAAGCCGUGUGAUCCACAGGGCUGAAACCUGGGGUCGAAGAAGUUGGCAGGCUCUCCCGGCCUCGUGGCCCCCACGCCCCGAGUGGGUGCUCCCCGCUGCAGACGGUCCCCGUGAGGAAGCAAGGACACAGUCGUCAUGAACUGGGCGUCCCUGCAGGGCCUCCUGAGCGGGGUCAACAAGUACUCCACGGCGCUGGGCCGCAUCUGGCUGUCAGUGGUGUUCAUCUUCCGUGUGCUGGUGUACGUGGUGGCGGCCGAGGAGGUGUGGGACGACGAGCAGAAGGACUUCGUCUGCAAUACCAAGCAGCCAGGCUGCCCCAACGUCUGCUACGACGAGUUCUUCCCCGUGUCCCAUGUGCGCCUCUGGGCCCUGCAGCUCAUCCUGGUCACCUGCCCCUCGCUGCUCGUGGUCAUGCACGUGGCCUACCGCCAGGAGCGUGAGCGCCGCCACCGCCUGAAGCACGGGCCCAACGCCCCGUCCCUGUACGACAACCCAAGCAAGAAGCGGGGUGGGCUCUGGUGGACCUACCUACUGAGUCUCCUCUUCAAGGCGGCCGUCGACGCCGGGUUCCUCUACCUCUUCCACCGCCUCUAUGAGGAUUACGACAUGCCGCGCGUGGUGGCCUGCUCUGAGUCCCCUUGCCCCCACACGGUGGACUGCUACAUCUCCCGGCCCACCGAGAAGAAGGUCUUCACCUACUUCAUGGUGGCCACCGCUGUCAUCUGCAUCCUGCUUAACCUCAGUGAGGUCACCUACCUGGUGGGCAAGAGGUGCCUGGAGACCUUCAGCCCAAGGAGCAAGCGGUCUCGGCACCGGGACCACCUGCCUGACACCUGCCCCCCGUACAUCCUCUCCCAGGGAGAGCACCCCCAAGAUGGGAACUCUGUCCUAAUGAAGGCUGGGUCAGCCACAAUGGAGGCAGGUGGGUUUCCAUGACCUGUGAGGGCAGUGGCAAAGACCACUGGGGCUGUAGGCUGUUCCCUAAGGCCACACCAGGGCAGUGGCAUCUUUUCGGCCGCACCGCGGGGGAGGAAGAUGGUUGCGGGGCUCGGGAAGCCUGCCCCUGGAGAGCAGUUUGGUCCCUGUGUCCUGAGUCCCAGGGGAGGGAGGUUGACGGCUGGUGGGAAUUUUGUAUAAGGCAAUGGGGUGUGUGAAAAACAUUAAUAAAUGUGAUUUUCCCAGUAUUUUAUAGCCUGGGUGGGGCAUGGCGGGUAGAAGCAUUGGGGGGUUCAGCACAGACCUCAGUAAGGAGGCCACAACCACUCAGUGGGCGCCUGAGCCCCGGGACCUCAGAUCCAAGCUCAUCCAUCUCACACACACACACACACACACACACACCACAACAUACACCACAAAAAGGGCACCCCCACGACACGGUGGGAAUAUGGAGAGGCCACUCCAGGGGCCUCUGGACUCUGCAAGCCGCUAGCCAAGGCAGGAGGAGUGGGACCGCAGGAGACUCUGGGCCCAGCACAGGUCUGUUCUCCAGUGAACGCAUGUGGUUCAGGAGGCCCCUGCCUCCGGCAUUCCAGCCUCCCUCACCCUGUCCAGCACGAGUCUCAGGGAAGUGAGUCUCCUCUGAGGGGGGGAAGGGAAGGCUUAGAAGAGGUACAAUGGUGUUGAGAGCAAGCCCAGGAUGGGGAGUCUGCCAGGGUACCCCACGGGGUUAACCCCACAAGCCAGAAACCUACCGAGAGCAUCCGAGCUAAAGGUCCCUCCCACAGCCUCAGAUCUGAGGCAUUUCCCUUCUCUUCCCCAGACUCGCAUACCCUCAUCUUCCCACCUCCACCCCCACCAGACCCUAACCAGGCCCAGAGCCGCACCUCCAGCCCACACCUGCCUCUGAGCCCCAGAGCCUCCCACCAUCUGCCCAGGGAUCAACCCUCCAGGAGGCCCCCAG